AAUCCUACAAUGUCUGCUGCUAAGUGUUUGGUGUCUCUGAUGGUGGUGCUGGUGUCUGCUGUGUGUGUGGUUCAUGCACAGGAGAGGUUUAAGAUAUGUGGGAGAGAGCUGAUACGUCUGGCCGUGUCCUCCUGUGGUAACUCUCGGCUGAGGAGAAGCAUCCCGUACGUAGAUCUGGGGCAGCAUCAAUACACCUCCCACUGGGACCAGGACGCCCUCCAGGCUGCGGAGACGGUCCUCACCCCUGCAGAGUCUGACGGGGAGAAGAAUGUCUUCACCUUGGCUCCUCACUGGUACCCCCUGUCCUCUCGGAUUAUACGAGCUGCCGGAAAAAUAUCUGACAUUUGCUGUGAGAAGGGCUGCAGCAUGAAAGAGUUGAUCCAGUUUUGCUAG